AUGGGAAGUCAUUUAAGAAAUGCAGAAGAAAAGCAGACAAGUGAUGAUGAAAAUGUUAGCAAGUCGAUUGAAGAAUUUUUGGGCAUAGCUCAUGAUUUGGAGGACAUUGUUGACACUUUUGUCCUCGGAAGAACACGUAGGCAGAGAUCUAAUAACGGAGUGACUGCUCCUGAAGUUUCAGAGGAUUUGGCAGUGGAGUAUUUGGAAGAUCUGGAAAAGAGACGAAUGGUCCGUGUAUCCAGAUCAGUAUCCGAUACAAGUCCCAAGAGAUGUUGUAUUACAGGAAAAUUCUAUGACAUCAUUUUGCCCAAAGCUGAGCAAGUCAGUUUCUUUCAUAUUCACAAAAAUAUUGCGUCGUCAUCAUCAUCAACUGACCGUGAUCAUGAUCAUCAAAGUCAAACACCUCCUCCUCAGUUUGCAGUUCGUAGGGUUGCCGAGUAUGCUAACAUCAAGGACUACCCAGCUGACUCAGAACUUUACGUCCAAUGUAAAAGAGGCUAUUUGCUACUCACGGUGCUUGAUCUUGAACGUGUUUAUAAACCUGCGUUGCCUGAAGAACCGGGAUAUCAUUAUCACUUGAGGUAUAUGGGCCUAAGAUGGACCUUCGUGGAUGCUCUUCCGGAUGAAAUUGAGGAAGACCUUGACACUGUUAGAAAGCUAUAUCAAGUUCCGCAAAAACCUAAAAAAGUUGGGUCUCACAGGCCGUUAACUGCUCACGGAUUAGGCCAGUGCAUCGCGAAACCAACUAGCCUCCAAUCUUUAAAGUUGAGGUCCACACAAGAUGAUGAAAUGGCCAGACCUUCAUCACUCCAUCUGGUGUCUUUGGUGGGUCUCAAGAAUCUCACUAAACUUUAUUUGCUGGGAAAAUUAGCCAACUUAGACAAGGACCCUUUGGAGUUCCCACCAAGCCUCAGGGACCUUACUUUAUCAUGCUCAAGGUUGAAUGUUGAUCCUAUGCUGAUGCUCCGGCGGCUUCCACACUUGACAGUCCUGAGGCUUUUGGCCAACUCUUACUCUGGAAGCAAAAUGGUUUCUCAGCAAAGUGAAUUUGGUUCACUUCGAAUCCUGCAACUCUGGGUGCUGGAAGAUCUAGAGGGGUGGGUGGUUGAGCAAGGAGCAAUGCAAAACCUCCAGAAAUUGGAAAUCCGACGCUGCCAUAAGCUAAAAAGCGUUCCGGAAACACUUAUCAAUUCCACUACCUUAGAGGAAUUGACGCUCACAAAUAUGCCAGAGGAAUUUGUUGCAGAGACUCAAAUUCUAUCUUUCAAGACCAAUACGUGGAAAUUGAUCAUAAGGUGA